CUUCAAAUUGGUGCAUAGAUUCAUAACGAGGAAGUGAAUAUUGGAAAUUCGUUGCGUUAUCUCUUUUAAAAAGUGUAACUGGACCUGAACAUUAUAAUCAACGUUGUUCUGACAGUUUGAUAUAAAAAUUUUUCAAUGGCAGAGAAAAAGGGAAAUCACAGCGAAUUCACUUUUUUAAACAACCCAUCGACUGAAUCUGACGAAUUGUUGUGCAAGAUACACCAGAAGGAAAUAGUCUUCUUUUGUCGAUGUCAUGAUAGAUUACUGUGCAUGGUGUGUAAUCGUUUGGAUCAUGCAAAAUGUAAAGGCCAAAUCAUUGAAAUUACAGUUGCAGCACAAAAAGUAAAAACAUCAACAGCAAUGGCCAAACUUGAACAGGACAUAUCAGAUCUUUUGCAAAAUAUAAAAGAAGGUCUACAAAUCCAGAAAAAUAAUUUAUUAAGCUUACAAGAAGGUGAAGAAACAAUUCAAAAGGAAGUACAGAAUGUUUUGGUACGUAUUUAUCAACAACAAGAAAGUCUUCUGUGUGAAUUGAAAACCCGUAAUGCAAAAGUGAAACAGACAGAACAAGACUUAUUACAACAGGAAUCGAGAAUUUGUAAAUUACAGAAAAAAGUUUCCACCAUUAAGCAAUCUGGUACAGAUACACAAAUUUUUAUUGAAAUGAAACUGGCUGAAGAAAAUGCAUUCAGAGAAAAAAAUUCCUUUUUGGAAGAAAGUAAUAAUAUAAAAUAUAAAAUCGGUUUCCAAGUUAAUCCACUCUUUUCUUUGAUGGAAUAUACAUUGGGAGAGAUCAAACUUAUGUCAAAAUUAAGAUCAUACUCUGCUUCCUCAACACAGGAAGCACAGAUAGAGCUGCCGAUGGCUCAAGAUAUUACCAAAAAUGUAUUAAAAUGUGAACACACUUUUAAUAUACACCCAUCAAAACACCUGAUGGAAUUAUACGGCUGCGUUAUAUUACCUAAUAAACAUGCAGUAUUUAUUGACAGUAGUAAUAAGCGACUUGUUAUACAUCAUGAGAACGGAGCAUAUUUAAAGGAUGUACCGCUAAUUGAAAAGCCAUUUUAUAUAACAGCUGUUGGUAUGGAUGAGGUUGCUGUGUCUUAUUCGUCAAGACUGAUAAGCAUAAUAAACAUAAAAACCAAACAAUCCGAGUCAAAAUUGAGGAAGUAUAUUGAAAAUUAUAGUCGUGGUAUCUGCUAUGAUGAAGGAAAGCUCUAUUUUGUAGAUCAUAAUGUUGGAAUAAAGGAAGUAAGCAUUGACAAAGAAGUGGUACGUAAAAUACAAGUGGAUUUAGCGGGAAUGGGGAACAUUGCUGUAUAUAAAAACAGGAUAUACUACACAGCUGAUCACAACAAUAAACUGUACUGUUGUGAUACAUCAGGAAAACAAAUAUGGAUGAUAAGUGACGAAAGACUCAAAGCAAAACAAAAUUCAGCUCCGAUAGCCGUAGAUAAUGAUGGAAAUAUUUUCGUAGCAGGACCGGAUACCGGGGUCGUUAUAAUGAUUUCAUAUGAUGGUAAGCAUCAGAAGGUACUUGUUGACAAGACUGAUGCGAUACGACAUCCACGUGGACUUUUCUAUGACAAGCAACACAAGAAACUACUAUUAUGUUAUAAGAAAAAUGGAUUGGCCCACCUAUUUCGUCUUCAAUAAAUGAUUACGAGUUAGAAGAACAAAGAGAGAAGAAAGCUUUAAACCAAAUUCGUUACCCUUUUACUGUCAGUAUAGUUCAGAAAGAAUUACGAUAUUUUUUUUUACAAAAACAAUAUUUUAAGCCACUAGAUUAGUUUUGAAAUCAACACUUCCCAAAAUUCUAAAUAAUGAAUUAGCUAAAAAGCGUUUGUACAUAUUUAUUUAAGCUACACACUGCUGUAAACAAAAAUGCAUUUCAGUUCAACGACAACCUGUCUUAAAAUUUACGAAACUAGGUUUUUCACGCCUCUUUUUUUUACUGUUGUAUAUGUAACAGUACAAAUUGGAAUUCAGUAGAAUCCAGAAUCAUCUGAAUUCCAAUAUCUACUAGUAGAAAUUAGGAUAUCUAGAUAUGUACUAAGAGGAUCUUGGAUUGUACUGGAUGAUUACUAAAGAAGACGCAAAAAAGAAAUAUUUUGUUUUUCAUUAUAAUGAAAUACACUAAUAUAAUCAAACUUGUUUGAAUAAAAAAAAAAGUACAGUCAAUUUCAUAUGAAUUUAUUUCACAGCGGAGACUUUUGCUAAAAGUCCUACAAUCUUUACCAAAUUCACAGUAAAUAAAGGCAACAGUUGUAUACCGCUGUUCAAUAGUCAUAAUUCGAUUAAGCAAAAACAAAUCCGGGUAUCAAACUAAAACCGAGGGAAACACAUCAACUAUAAGAGGAAAACAACGGAACAACAGAAACACUGAACUACAACAAAAGCAAACGCCAAAUACAUAGAAACAGAUUGUAUGAUAACAACUGCCAUAUUCCUGACUUGGUACAGGACAUUUAAAGAAAAAAAAUGGUGGGUUGAACCUGGUUUAAUGGCUA